CCCUGCCUAUAAAACAACUUGCAUGAAUGUACUCUAGACAAAACUUUCCUGUUCUCUUUUGCUCAGACACAGCUAAUACCUUGUUCCUCACCUUCACACCAGAUAACCAUACCACCCUGUCAUACACUCUCUAAUCAGUCCUCCUAGCUCACAAAUUCAUACUUGACUCAAUCAUCGUUGGUUUAUUCACCCAUUCUCGUCUGCGCCCCACAAAAUCUACUGCCUUCCAGCAGGGACGUCAGCACCUUUCUUCCUGUUGGGCCUCAAGUCCUUUGACUGCUCCACGUCCCAGGUCCCUACAUAGGGUCUAUCCUACCCAACUCCCUUGUUUAGGGAAGCGCCACAAUCAUUUGUUGUAACUAGAAAAUGAAGUCCAGCUUCUGCUAUUUUAUAGAAUUGUCUUUGUGCAGAAUGAACAGGAGUACUUGUGGCAUCUUAGAGACUAACAAAUUUAUUAGAGCAUAAGCUUUCGUGGACUACAGCCCACUUCUUCGGAUGAAUUAUAGACUAACACGGCUGCUACUCUGAAAUUUGUGCAGAAUGUCAUCAGAUGAGGAGAAAAGCUCAAGUCCAGUUUUGCCAAAAGACUCAGAUCGAGGCAGUUCUGUCUCUUCAGAUCUUCAGGAUGAAUAUGAAGAGCUGCUUCGUUAUGCCAUAGUGACUCCAAAGUUUGAACCGUGUGUCCUGAGGCAGUCUGAGCCUGCUGCAGAACUGACAGCACAUGACAGAUUUUCAAGUUUAAUGGAUGAAGUCAUCAAUCACCCUAAGACUCCAGUUUUUACACCAGUAAAGGGAACUUCUCAGGCAGACAUGGAAGGACUUUGCCCUGUUCGUUCGGGAGAGACAUCUUCACAAGGGUCCUCAUCUGGUCCAAGAGAGAUUGAUGAGACUAUAGUGACUGAGUUAAGUGUUUCAGAUGAAAAAGUGACCCAGAUAGAAAGCAUACUUGAUCUCUGGAGUGGAAGUCUUAAGUGCUACCCUUUUCAGACAAAUGUUCUGACUGAACUCAGAAAAUGGAAAAUGACUUUUAUUGAACAUCACAAGCUGGAAAUGAGACAAGAGAAAGAGAAAUAUGCUGCACAUGUGAGACAGCUGAACAAUCAGAUGGAGAACCUGAGAGAGCUGCUACAUACUUAUGAAAUCUCCAUUGGCAGAAAGGAUGAGGUAAUCACUAACUUGUCCCAUGCGAUAGACAAGCAAAAGGAGAGGAUAGAGCUAAUGAAAAAAUUUACACGGUGGCGGAUUCAGCACGUGGAGGCCAGACAAGAGGCAUAUGCAAAUAGACUGGCGGACAGACAGUUCCAGAUAGCUUUGAUGAAGAGGGUUUGGGCAGCUUGGCGGUCUCUUAGUGAAGCAAGAUGGAAAGAGAAAGUAGCAAAAGCCUGUCAGUUAAGGGCUGAGGAAGUCUGUGUUCAGCUUUCCAAGGAUUAUGAAGCUAAAAUUGCAGAGUUAAAUGUUGCUCUGGAAGAGGCAAAAGCUGAUAUCCUGAGACUGCAUAGUGAAAGGGAACAGUAUGAAGGCACCAUGAAAAAAGCCUUUAUGCGUGGUGUGUGUGCACUGAAUCUAGAAGCAAUGACCAUGUUUCAGGGCAAAGAAAGUAGGACAGACCAUGAUGCAGUAAAUAGGAGAGAAGAUCCUGGAACUAAUGCCACUGGAAGGCUCCCUCCUUCCCAAUUUGAUCCUCCGUCACCACCACCUCCAACAGCAGCCACUGUUCCACAAGAGGAAAUUUUUUCAUCCCAUCUGGGCCACGCAAGUACUUCUCAGACCAGAUUAGAAUCAAAUUCUCCAGUAAUAGUCGCUAGUGCAGCUGUAGGAUCUGGCAUUACAUCAGCUCAAAAACUGCCUAUGGCAAGAGUAGUGACAUCUGCUCAGCAGAAGGCAGGAAGAACAAUCACUGCUCGAAUCACAGGCCGAUCUGAUUUGGGACAAAAGAACAGAAUUUGUAGUAGUUUAGCUGUAAUGGGAGUCUCACCACCCAUGAGUUCAGUCAUUGUAGAAAAGCAUCAUCCAGUCACUCAACAAACUAUAUCCCAAGCCACUGCUGCUAAAUACCCUCGAACAGUGCACCAUGCUUCUAGUGCCACCAGUUUGAGACCUCCUGGACACGGUGGACGAACACCUCAUAGCCAGUCUCAUACUAACGUUCAGUCAAUAAAAGUUGUGGACUAAGGAAUAUUUUGAAAUGCUUGAAUUUUUCCUUCCAGGUAGAGAGUUUUACCAAGUUGCAGAGUAAAGCUCUUCCCAAUGUUUCCAGACUGAUGUAGCAAGGCUCAAGGAUACAUCAUGUUUUUACCUUCUAAAAAUCAAAUUGUAGACCUACUCAAAUGUUGUGAGGGGGGGGAUAAAUAGCAAUUUGACUUUACAAUGUAGUUCUCUAAGUGCAAGCUAUGUCUAUUUGAGAGAACCUAUUUUAUUACAUGUAUACUUUAUUUAAGGAAGCUGUUGAAUACGGUUUUUAAUAAAGGAUCAAAAUAGA